UCGUGUGUAAUUUUUCCCGCGUUAAUGUGAAAUGUUUUAGAUCGUAGAAUCGUACGGCGUACGUGGAGGUAGAACGAACAGACUUUCCUACUGUUGGGGACCAUUUGGUAAUUUGUAACUAUGUACCGAUGGAACGAACCGAAGUAUUCGUUAUACUGAUUUAUAAUCCAAGACCGUGAUUACAAGAGUUCCGCUCAUCACUAGUCGGUUGUCUUUUGUUUUCGUAUUUUACCUAUUUUUUUUUUUUAAUUUUUAACGUUUCAUCUACUUUACAGUACUCGACGAAAUUGCAGUAGACAUAUCAUAUAUGUAUUAUACUUGAAGCAUACUAUAUCUUUAAAAAAUACCACACGCAAUUCCUAACCACCCAACUAUUCUAUGGAUGACUGACUGGCUUAACUACCACGAGAAAACGUACACAUCAAAACACAAUCAUCGUUCUAUAGGAGAAUCGGAAUACAGUGUGUCUUAUACUUUCCAAGACUGUGUGAUCGAGGUUACCCACGUCAAUUGAUCGAGUUCUUUUUUCUAAGUUCCAACUGCAUACAAUACAGAUUACUGUCUACUGAUAAGGCUAACUUCAAUAUCCGACUUGUCAAAUUGGUCUUGGUGGUUGCAUUUUUAUGUUCAUUAUUUUAACAUUAUUUUUGGUAAUAAUAUAUAACACUACGUUUUGAAAAUGCAUAAGUGUAUAGUGUGCGGUAAUAGAUCUAUUUACACCAAUGCCAAUCGUACAGGAGUUAUUUAUCAUGGGUGUGCUACUCAAUGUAAUGAUGUUGAAACUGGAAAUAAUGUAAUUUUACCAAUGGAACAAAAUAUUCUAAGGGAGGAAAAUAUUGAAAAUACUGUUGUCAAUUUUAAAUCACCAAGGCGGUCACCUAAACUAAGUAGAAACAAUGAGGAUAUGACGAUUGCUGAAAAGACAGCAGCUGUUGUAGAACUGAGAAGAAGAAUGGCGGAAAUGAAAAAUCUACAACGUACCCUCGCAUUAUAACUUUUUUAUUUUGAAUUCUGUGUAUGGCAAAAUUAAAAAAAAUAUUGUAUUAUCAAUAUUAAAAAUAAUUAUAAGUUUAUAAACGUUGUA